AUGAACACCACACUUCUUGGAACUCCGCUCAGCGUAGCUAUCUGUGAUCAACUCAAAAACUCAUUCAGCAGAUACUACUUACCUGAUCAUCACCCUGCCAAUGAAUGCCGUUUGUCAACCACAACACCAAAGCAAAGUAGAAUAUAUUCUCUCAUAAACAAGCUUGUUAUUGGAAGGAAAGUUGAUAGCUUUUCGCGAGAAGUACUUGAACACGUGAGACUGGGGCCAACUAUAAGUGAGACUGUUAUGGGAAAGUUGAGUCUGGGUGCUGAAAUUGUUCAGGUUGGUGGAGUGAAGAAAGUGUUCAACCAUUUUUUCACUGUGAGAAAUGGAGAGAAACUCUUGAAAGCUUCACAGUGCUAUCUGUCAACCACAUCAGGCCCUUUAGCAGGUCUUCUCUUCAUUUCCACUGACAAGGUUUCCUUCUGCACUGAGAGAUCAAUCAAAGUAUUUUCUAGUAAAGGCCACUCGUGCAGGCUCCGUUAUAAGGUUUCGAUUCCCCUGAAGAGGAUUAAGUACAUGAAGCCAAGUAGGAAUGUUGAGAAGCCAACACAGAAGUAUUUAGAGAUUUUUACAGAAGACAAUUUUGAGUUUUGGUUUCUGGGUUUCUUAAAAUACCAGAAAACUAUCAAUUAUCUUGAGAAGGCGAUUUCUCAAGCUAAAGCAACCCAUUGUGGCUGAAGAGCAAGGCUUACUUUGAAUAUGUCUUCAUGACAAACAUUGAAAUAUAAGAGAAUGCAAUAAGGAAGAACAUAGCUUCAUAUGAGAGCCUAAAUGCUGAAAGGAGAGGUGGUCACGCAGUGCAGAAGAGAG